CACAUUGAGGGAUUCAUUUGAAGUUCAUAAUGGGUUUCAACAUUAAUUCUAACUUGUGUCUUUGUUGUUGUCAGGGGAAUAAAGGAAACAGAGGGCUCAUAGGGAUCACUGGAUACAUAGGAAUACCUGGAGCCAGAGGACAACUGGGAUACCCGGGAACAUCUGGACCUCCUGGAGACAUCGGUGGCAUUGGUUUUGUUGGAUCCCCAGGCCCUCCUGGCAAAAUGGGGCCAAGAGGGCCAAAGGGGGUACCAGGAGUCAAUGGACCACCAGGCCAACCAGGUGAGCGAGGCCUAAGAGGACCACUCAGGCCUCAGGGAGAGCCAGGUCCUGAUGGGAUUGUUGGAUUCCCUGGCGUUCGUGGACCUCAGGGGAAAACAGGUGCAGAUGGGCCGACAGGUCCGAAAGGGGAUCCCGGUGACGCAGGUGAUGAGGGAAAUAUAGGAGAAUCCGGACUCCCUGGGCUUCACGGAGCCAAUGGCAAACCAGGAAAAACUGGACCCUCAGGUGACCCAGGGAUCAAAGCAUCUAAGAGAAGUGACAAGGGUGACCCAGGAUUUAAGGGGGACCAGGGUCGACCCGGGCCUCCAGGUAAAAGAGGCUUUAAAGGCAGAGGAGGAGCCUCAGGGCUGCUAGGUAAUGUUGGACCAGUGGGGCCCCCUGGAUUUCCUGGAACCACAGGUUAUGAUGGAAUCAUUGGGGAGAAUGGUAAGCAGGGAAAAGAUGGGCCAAAGGGUGGCAGAGGUCCUAGCGGUGGGCCAGGCGUUGUUGGACCUAGAGGUGAUAAGGGGCGAGAAGGUCGAGUAGGAUUUGUCGGUUUGCCAGGGCCUUUUGGAGAGAUGGGGAAGUCAAGAGACAGAGGAGCUGAAGGAGAACCCGGUAUUAAGGGGAGGACUGGAAUUCCAGGAGUCACUGGACUGAAAGGGCUGAAGGGACUUCAAGGCUAUCUAGGAGGUAGGGGACUGGAUGGAACACAUGGACCCCCGGGACCCAUCGGAGGAACUGCAUCUGACGGGGAUACUGGAUCUACUGGACUAAGGGGAAUGGUGGGGAAGACUGGGGCACCAGGGAUUCAAGGUCCAGUUGGGAAGAGUGGGGAUUCUGGUGGUAGAGGGAUCACUGGUAAGCCAGGAAAGCCAGGAGUCAGGGGUGCAAAAGGUAAAGAGGGUCCGAACGGCCUUCUGGGAAAUCCUGGCCUGAAGGGAAACAGAGGUCAAGAAGGUUCGAAGGGGAAACGCGGAAGUCCAGGCGUGCAGGGAUUGACAGGGAUACAGGGAUACAGAGGAGCUCCUGGCAUAGCAGGCAAUAUAGGACCAUGGGGUGAGGUGGGCCUCCAAGGGCCACCAGGGGACAAGGGGCCCCCAGGAUUAGUUGGGCCCCGUGGAGUUGUAGGUUACCCAGGUAAAGAUGGACCGCAGGGAGGUAUUGGGCCAUUGGCAGACAAUGGGGAUAAGGGGUCCAGAGGAGCUAUCGGACAGAAGGGAGUUGCUGGUGUCGAUGGUGAGGAGGGCUCGACUGGAUUGUGGGGUCCAAUGGGUCCACCAGGACUGAAGGGGCUACCGGGUGAAAAGGGAAAGAUGGGCGCUCAGGGGGAAAGAGGUGGAAAGGGGAUCCAGGGAGACAGAGGCAACCAAGGUCAACAAGGACCAAAGGGCCCACUGGGGAAAGAAGGAUACUUAGGGCCAUCAGGGGACAGAGGGAAAGAAGGAGCUUCAGGACUUAAGGGCCAGCCGGGCAUCAGAGGCCCUACAGGUCUCGCUGGGCGUUACGGACCAGGGGGCAACACCGGAAGAGGCCAUGCCAAGGGAGAGAAGGGGCUCCCCGGAACCACAGGGCCUCCUGGAAGGUUUGGGCCUCCAGGCUUAGUUGGACCAAAAGGACCAACAGGUUUACCAGGAAAAAGAGGAGUCGAUGGAAAAAGUGGACUUGGUGGACUUAAGGGAGAUUAUGGGGAGAGGGGAAAGACUGGGGCUGGUGGUAUCAAAGGAGACGCGGGAUUGCAAGGUCCAAGGGGGAAGAAAGGAGAGUCUGGAACAGGAGGCAAAAUGGUGUGA